CCGGAAGAUUCGGUUGCUUGCAGCGAGAUGGCACAGGCGUGGGAGGCAAGCGUGCUCGCGGCCUUGGUCGAUGAAGUCGCAUGGGAUGUCUGCCUCGAGAUGCAUCGUCUUGUCAAGACCGAGGCCAUGGACAUCUUGGGGUUGUACGACAUGCCAACGCGAUCCAGCAUGCAGCCCUCCCCGCCUUUAGCCAAAGUCAGCGCAGCCCACGUAACCUGCCCACGCUGCAACGGAAAUGUACUGUUUGCGUUUAAGCACUGGAGCUAAUGAUGCUGUGGCGACACGAGGUACUGGCGACGCGGUUUGCACCGCACUUGGACAAGUGCCUCGGCAUCUCGCGGCGCAGCGUGCGGGGAGGUACCUCGGUCACGAAUUCGCCCGCGAGCUCGAAUGCAUCGCCCACUCGAUCGUUGCCUACUUGAUACUCAAACAAAUCCCACGUUUGUAUCUUGAAACGACACGAAAUAGCCAUGGGGUCGGGCGUCUCGUCGUCGGCCAAAAUGGUCGUGCUCUCGCACUCGUCGCAGGUGGACGCUGUACGCCGCCUCCUGUGCGUUGACGCCACCGUGCCUAUCAUCACUGAGCUCUUUCCCAUCAACAUCACAUCGCGCUACGCUUUAUUGCAGCAGUGCGAGCUCGCGAUCGUGGCCAUGGACGUCUACUUUGCAUUCUCCGACGUCCUCCUCACGUCGCUUUCGUUCUUAAAGGACAGUCGCAAGACGAUCCGAUGUGCGUCCUUGGAGAGCUACUUUGAGCCGUCGGGUGCCAUCGGGGCCAUUUGCUUUGGCUACGGCACGUGGGUCCCAUCGCUCAACGACAAGGUGCACGCGCUGCAGCAGCUCGUGGCUGCCGGCGCCUGGCUGCCACUGCCAGAAAUGCCCGAGCCGGCGCUGCCUCCGAUAGUGCCGGACACCUAUCAGCACGAUGUGUGCAUACUCUUUGAAGGCGACGCUGGCCAAACCGUCGCUGCUUUCCUGGCUACGCUGACGUCGCAAGGGCUGGCGAUGCCUGAGCGCUGCCAAGUUGUCAAUGCGAGCGAUGCAACUGCGCUCGAAGCCAUUGUAUGUGCCAAGCUCGUGCUGUGCGUCAUCACCGAGUCGUCGCCCACGUCGCCAGCAUACCAACGCGCCCUCGAGGUGGCGCUUGUGACCAAAAAGAGUCUGCUUCCCAUCAACUGCUGCGAGCGCGGCGGCCUCCCCGAGUGGCUGGGCCUCGCGUUUGCAGGGCGGCUUUGGUAUCCGCUGCGCCCAUCCCGUCUGGACGGCAUCUUUACCAAGUAUGCCGAGAUUGACGGAAGCCCGUGCUGCGUGUCCGACUCGUGCACGGCCUCGGACCUCCUCGCGUACGUCCACAGCGCCUUGGUCGACGAGUGUCAUCUCUACGUGACAGAAGAGGCUCGGUUAACGGCGUACGAAGCCGCUGUGCUUCAAGACCGUCAAGCGCAGGCUACUGCCUUGGGUCGUGCUGCGGCGGUGCCAUUGAUGCUACACGGCUGGCAGUUGCCAGCAGAUGCACAACUGCCGCAGCCAAACAUCACGUCGCUCGUGCCUUCAACUGUGAUUACCGACACGGUGCAGUACACGGUAACACGCCUGUCACUAGCGCCGCCACCGGCGAUGGUUGAUGCCCACGGCCUCCCCCGGGCGGCGGUGCAGAUCGAUGCCAUGUUCUCGUACGCAUGGAAGCAGCAGUCGGCCGUGCUGCAGCUGUAUCAGCAAGGCUCGAUCGCCCAUCUCCGUGUAUGGAUGGAUGUCAUGGGCUACAUGAAGGGCAAUAUAUACGCUGCGAUGGCGACCGCCGUCUCGAAUGUCGGCGCCGUCCUCGUUUGCUUAUCGGCCGCCUACAUCGCCUCGAUCAACUGCAAACUCGAGUUCCUGUAUGCCGCGCACUGCCGGACCCCAAUGCUCUUUCUGAUCUUUGACGACGUGGAUCUGGACGCGUUGCCCGAUUGGAUCACGGCCGUCACCGGCGGGUCACUGCCGUUGUACCCUGCGAAUGACCCGAGCCGCAGCCACGUGUUUGCGAUACGAUACGGCGAAGUUGGCGCCCAAGGCAUCCUCUUUAGCCUUCUUCGGUCGCUUGCGGCGGCGCAUGCGGCGGCCCCGCCCCGUGUAUGCCGCGAUGGUACACUGGGCUUAGCCCACGCCACGACAUGGUUCCGCGAGGCACUUGUGGCCCACGAAACAAGCAGUUUGGAGCGGUGCCGCCGCUGCGACGCACCCUUCAACCCGGCAGUGGCAACGCGCUCGUGCCGCGCGCAUGCGGCCUACUAUAUGGGGGGCACGCUUCUUCCAGGGCACUGGGUGUGCUGCAACGAGCCCAAGAGAGACGGUAUUGGCUGCGAGGCCGCCGAACACACGGCACUGGAGCAAACGUGGUACUGCGAUGCGAGCUAUGGCACCUAUACGUGGCAGCCUGUGGUGCGCGAAUAAUGAGAAAGUUUACGUGCACAA